CUGUGUCAUUCGUGGCCUUGCCACUCAUAUGUAUAUAGAGUAUUCCUUAUAAGAAAAGUUGACGGAUGGUAGCAUCAAUAAUAAAGCAAAGACCGAGAGCGACGCGAAAUACAUAAUUAAAAAAACAGAAAGAAGAAGCAGAAAGGAAGAAUAAUUAAACUUCAAAGUCAGUGGAAAUUCAAACGCCGUCUUUUUAAAUUUGAUAUAUAUAUUGUUGACAGUGUAUAACCGGUAGUUUGCAAAAGAAAAAAUUGUAAAAUAAACUGUUUAUAAAAUUAAAAGUUGAAACGAAAAUCAAUGAACAAUCAAUUUAAAAAUGAACAAUUAAGUGUGUACUUAAAAAUAUAAUAAUUGAAAGAUAAAACAAUUUAUAUAAAAAAGAAAUUUAAAAAACUGCUUAUAUUUCUGUAAUACAAAUAAAAACAAGUUGUGUUUUUGUGGUCAAUUGAAUAAUAUAAAAGACAUUUGUGUUUUUUUCGCAAAAAAAACUUCAAAAAUUAAUAUUGAAUAGGAUUAACGUCGUCAAAUAUAAAAAUAUCUACUAGCGGCUUGAAAAUACUUUUGACGUCGUCUUUGCAUUAACAACUGUGUAGUUUUGUAUAUUUUCCAGUUUGCAUAAAACAAAUGAAAUUAAUUUAAAAAAAGAAAAGUAAAAGGAACAUAAAUUCAAUAACUAGUGAAAAAUUAAAUUAUAUAUAUAAUUAUUUUCCAUAUAACAAACUUUUUAAUAUCCCUUCUAUAUAAAAUAGAUGUGAAAUAUAAGAAAUACAAAAAGUGGAAGUUUUUUUAUACAAAUGCUGCCUUUCCGCGUUAAUAAAUUUGCGUAGCCAGGCAGAGAAGAAGAGGAGAAUCGACGCACAUACAUACAUAAUUACUUAUAGGAACACAUACACACAUUCAUAUGUGUAGAUAGAAAUUUUUGUAACAAAAUAAAAAACGAGAAAAUACAACAACAAUAUCAAAAUGGGUAUAAACACGGAUAAUUCUAAUAACAGUGAUGGCAACGCGCUAAAAGAUAAUGAAGUGACACCAACUACAACAAAUCAACUAAUGCAGUCGGGAGGACAAUCUAAACAGGCAUCGAUUCCAGAUCCACUUCCAGUUACUCCAACACAUCAUAACCAAGGGGAUGUAACAGAAAUGCAGUUAACCAGCUUAUCUACGGAAGACGCGCUUGAAAUGGAUACGGCAAACUCCGAUAAGUGGCAGCAGAAAUUUCGUUGGAGAAGAGUUUUUAAUACAACCGGUCCUCAACCCCGGCCACGUCACGGUCAUCGAGCCAUAAAUAUAAAGGAAUUGAUGGUUGUAUUUGGCGGUGGCAAUGAAGGCAUCGUUGAUGAAUUACAUGUUUACAAUACCAUAACAAAUCAAUGGUUUGUGCCAGCCAUGAAAGGUGAUGUACCGCCCGGAUGCGCCGCUUAUGGUUUUGUUUGUGAAGGCACCCGAAUGUUUAUAUUUGGUGGUAUGAUUGAAUAUGGCAAAUAUUCCAAUGAACUUUACGAGCUGCAAGCUACAAAAUGGGAAUGGCGCAAAAUGCAACCAGAGGCCCCAGAUAAUGAUGCUCCGCCCUGUCCUAGGUUGGGACAUAGCUUUACGUUGGUGGGCGAACGUAUAUUGUUAUUUGGCGGCUUGGCUAAUGAAUCCGAUGAUCCCAAGAACAAUAUACCCAAGUAUCUUAAUGAUUUGUUUAUUCUGGAGACCAGAGGUGCCCACAGUCACAAUGGCAAGUGGAUAGUACCCAAAACUUACGGUGAAAGUCCACCUCCUCGAGAGUCUCAUACAGGUGUAAGUUUUACUUGUAAAACCACGGGCAAAUUGUAUCUUUUAAUAUACGGGGGUAUGAGUGGCUGUCGUUUAGGCGAUUUGUGGUUGUUGGACAUUGACACCAUGACUUGGUCGAAGCCUUGUACCAGAGGUAGAGCUCCAUUGCCACGAUCCUUGCACAGCGCUACUAUGGUUAACAAUAAAAUGUAUGUUUUCGGUGGUUGGGUGCCUUUGGUUGUAAACGAUUCAAAAGCCACGACGGAGAGAGAGUGGAAAUGUACCAAUACGUUGGCCGUUUUAAAUUUAGACACAAUGACCUGGGAAAAUGUUACCAUGGACACAGUUGAGGAGAAUGUGCCACGCUCAAGAGCCGGCCACUGUGCUAUUGGCAUUCACAGUCGCUUAUAUGUUUGGUCUGGCCGUGAUGGCUAUCGAAAAGCCUGGAAUAAUCAAGUGUGCUGCAAAGAUUUAUGGUAUUUGGAAGUGGAUCGGCCUUUAUACGCCGUGAAAGUGGCUUUAGUAAGGGCUUCUACGCAUGCUUUGGAAAUUUGUUGGCCAGCCACGACUUUUGCAUCGGCCUAUGAACUACAAAUACAAAAAAUAGAACCUCCCACGGGUAUAGUAAAAGUAAACCCAUCUCCUGGGCCCGUAGCUCCUCUUAGUGCUACUCCACAAAUUAUGCCUAAUGGUAAUCAAACUGGUGCUGGUUUAAAUGCUGCCAGCAAUACGGGAGGUGCAGCUACCAAAUUUCAUCGUAUACAAACUCCGACUUCAGUACCCAUUGUACCGGCUGCGGCUGCUACAGCUGGAGUUACACCCAUAACCACUACGGCUCCAAUUGAUCAAACAUCGGUAGCAGCUGCUCCGGUACGAGCCACCAAUAGCAAUCAAACAGUGGUUGCAAAUAAAUUGCAAUCACCCGUUUUAGCCCAACAGACAUCCGUCAACGCGACUGUACAACCUGUAAGUACUGGAAUUUAUAUAGCACAACCCCAACCACAAACAAUGGUAACGGCUUCGGCAGGAGUUGCCACCACAACACAUGCUAUUACCUCUGUUGCGGGAGGCAAUUUGAAUCAAACUCCUGCCCAAUCAACAGUGGUAAAUAGUGGAUCUAAUAUCACCACUAUAUUGCAAAAAUUCCGGCCAACAUCUGUAGUUUCAAGGCCCGCCACCACCAUAACCAGCACUGUCAGUUCGAUGGUUUCUCCUAUAACAUCCCAACAAAUGGUUAUUACUUCAGGAACCUCAGCCAAUGCCGGUACAGGGUUGCGUGUAGUUAACACCGUCUCACAACCUACAAUGGUGGCUACAAGCUCGGCCAACAGUACAGUGCGUUUGGUUUCGGCCACUGGAUCACCCGCUUUGCGUUUAAGUACAGCUCCAACGGCCGCCAAUACCACAGCUGUUCUGAAAACUACUGCCGGAACUCCUGGUCAGGUUACAACUGUCAGUCAGAUUACCGGAAAUCAAACCAUACAGCAAACAUCAUCUACCAGUGGAGGCACAACAUCGACCACCAUCGGAGGCAAACAAUACAUCAUACAAAAACCGUUAACUCUAGGUUCCAAUGUACAAUUUCAAUUGGUUAAGACCAGCAGUGGCGGCGUAGCUGUUCAAACAUUUCCUAAAAUUAAUAUUAACAUGGCUAAAGGCACAACGACAGGAGCAGCUGGUGGCCAGACAGUAGGCCAAGCAGGUACUGGAGUCACUAACAAGCAGACUCAGUUUAUAGUAAGCGGAAAUGCUACGGGUCAGCAAAAACAAAUUGUUCCCGGCAACCUUGUGAAGUUAGUCUCGCCGCAUACUCUUAGUGGCGGAAAGGUGAUUAUGAAGAACUCCAACAUUUUGCAAGUAGGAAAAAUGACAUCGAAUGUCUCGGGCAAACCGGCUUUUGUUAUUACCAACAAACAAGGACAACAGCUGACCAAUCAACAGAUCAUUAUAGUCACCACGGGCGCUGGUAUACGUACCAUACCAUCGGCGGGAGUUGUGACUAAUGCCUCAUCUUCCAAUAUUGUGUCGAUAGUGGGUUCUACAUCAACUACGGUCUCUAGCACCACACGGAAUGUAGUAAACACCCAAUCUGGUAUGAAAAUGCUGCGCAAUGUACCGACAAGUGCCGUAAGACCCAUUACUAUCACCUCGUCAGCGGGCAAUAACAAUGCAACACAACAGCAAUUGACAACACAUCAGACACAGCAAUUUGCGAAUGUUAGUGCAGCCAGCGGAGGAAUGCAUCAGAAAACUAUAACACUGGGCGGCAAAGCCGUGACGGUGCAAAUGUCCUCCAAUCCAGCCACCAUAACAGCUGUACCGAAAACCGUUACCAUAGUCGCUUCCAAUAGUGGCCAAUCACAAACACAAAAUCAAAUUAUUACCACGGGCGGCACAAGUGGCGGUACUACUGGAAAACUCGUUAUGGUACCCACCAAUUCGGCAGCAGCGGCUGGCAAAAAGGGUUUUGUUAAUAUAUUCAAUGCCAGCAAUACAUUGCAACGUACUAUAACGCUGUCAUCUAAAGGUACUGUUGUUCAACAGCCCAGUCAGCAGACUAUCACAACUGCAGCUACCAUUGGCGGUAGUGGUUCAGGCGAUAAUGCCAAUGAUGCCAUUGCUAUAGCUCUGGGCGACCAGGCCUGCAACGAAGGUGACGCCAUGGAUGAUAUAAUAGAACAAUUGGACGGUGCCUGUGAAAUUCCCUACGAAGGAAUCACAGAAGACAUGGAACAAAACGACAACCAAGCUAGUUUACAUUGCUUUGAUUAUCAGAAUAAUUUGGAUUUAAGAAACAAUUUGCCAGAUCCUUUCAAAAGUAAUCACUCCGAAAUAUCUGAAGAACGAAAAGCGGCAGUAGCAACAGCUUCAUCACCAACAACAAUAGAUAGUUACGUAGGCGCAUCGAUAUGAAGAUUUUUUUAAACUUAUAAUUAUUAUUAAUAUUAUACAUAUUAUUAUGUUUAUUAAGCUAGAAUAACAAUAAGUUCAUUGGAUGAAAUUGUUGGUUAAAUGAAUUCAGAUCAUUUUCUCUGUCUCCCUCUCGAUAAA